CCCGCAUGCAUACAACAUUACAAUAUACUUACAUAGAUUAAUGUAUGAUGUAUGUAUGUAUCGUACGUAUGUGCACAAUAUAGCGAUUCCAGAUCGCGUCGCGAACUUCUAGCCCAAUUUGACAUGUCUCGGCCCUCCAACUGGCCCGACUGCCCCUUAAACAAUGAUACCCAAUACGAAAUGUAGCGAAAAAGCCUUGAUCCUUUCGUACGGACCUAGACAGGCAUUAAUUGAAGGGAGCGGGGAGAUAGGUAAUCGACGACUCAGGAGUGGUGGCCGACUCCCCAGGGCUCGAUUCUGACCCAGUGCCUACUAGGGAAGCUAGAACUUGGCUUCCGAUUCAGCUGUUCGAUCCCAUGACGAGAUCUGGUUUGAGAAAAUAGGAAUGUUGCGUUGAAGGAUCGAGGGCGACGGAAUCAGAACAAAGGGCAAUAUCUUGAACAUAAUAUAACCCCUUACGUCAAUGUAGGAGGAUGACUAAGGGGUAUUUUCAGAGCUUCGAAACGACUCACUUUCUUUUUUUCUCUUUUUUCUCAUUAGAUAUCCACUGUUAAAUCUUACUUGACUCUCACUAAUCUCCAGAGGUCGCUGCUUCGCACAGUAGCGACUAUCACCAUCGUUUCCCAAGCCAAGAUGGCCAGAUACGUGAGCAGCGCUCUUAUGCUGCUCGUCGUCUUCAUAACAUACACGAUAAUCAAAUCAAAGCUCAAGAAGCGCCGCAACAAUGCCAAAGCGGCCGCACUGGGGUGCUUGCAGCCGCCCGUGUUGCGUAGCACAAACCUCAUCGGCAACUCGAUCUUGCGGGAGUCGAUGAAAGCCACCAAGGAGGACCGGGGGCCGCAGUAUGUCGCGGCUAAGAUGGACAGCGUGUCGCCGUCAUGCCACACUAUCAAGGUGCCGAUCAUCGAUUACGAGAUCGUCGUGACGCGGGAUCCGGAGAACGCGCGGGCCCUAUUCACGAGCCCGGACUUCGAUAUCAGCCACCACAGGCAGCUAUCAUGGAUGCCGCUCCUCGGCAAGGGGAUCUUUACUAGCCGUGGCGACAUCUGGAAGCACAGUCGCGCCCUGCUGCGGCCGCAGUUCGCAAGAGAAAUGAUCAGCGACCCGCAGCUCGAGGAGCAGCACCUCUCGCACCUGUGGCGGCGGCUGCCCGCAGACUCGAGCACGGGAUGGACAGGGAAAGUCGACCUCGCGCCGCUGUUCUUCAAGUUCACGCUCGACACCUCAACAGAGUUCAUCUUCGGGCAAUCCGCCAACUCUCUACUUCAAGACGAAGAACAACAAAGCCUAAACCCAGAUACCAAGGUGAAGAAAAAGGACCUAGCGAGCCACUUCAACGCAGCGAAAGUAUGGAUCGACAAGCGCGGCGCUCUCGCCAAGUUCUACUGGCUGAUGAACAGCACGGAGUUCAAGGAGCACUGCGCCGCGAUCCACGCCUUCGCCGACGGCCUGGUCGCGGACCGGCUCGCGAACCCGGUCGACAAGGACCCGGAGAAAGGGGCGCGGUUCAAUCUCCUCAACGAGCUAGUGAAAGAGACGCAAGACCCCCGCGAGCUCCGUAAUGAGACGCUACAUGUGCUUAUCGCCGGACGCGAUACCACGGGUUGCUUGCUAGGCUGGGUCCUGUAUUUCCUGGCGCGGUACCCGCGCGUGUUCGCUAGACUGAGGGCUGAGAUUAUAGAUCGUUUCGACGAUAGACCGGCGGAUUUCCGGUCGCUGGCGCAGGUCUCGUAUCUACAGUGGAUCAUCAGCGAGACGUUGCGUUUCGUCACUGUGAUCCCGUUGAACGAGCGCAUCGCCCUGCGGGACACGGUGUUACCGAGGGGAGGCGGACCCGAUGGCAAGGCGCGUGUCUUUAUUCCCGAAGGCACACAGGUGCUUAUCCCGUUGUAUGCGAUGCAACAUCGCGCUGAUAUCUGGGGUGCUGAUGUCGAGGAGUUCCGCCCUGAGAGGUGGGAGACGCAUCGUGCUGGAUGGGAGUACAUUCCGUUUGGGGCUGGUGCGCGGAAGUGUUUGGGUCAACAAUUCGGUCGUCAGGAGGUCAGCUACGUCGUCUCCCGGUUCUGCCAGAAGUACGACCGCAUAGAGAAUAUGGAAGAAGGUGACGGCCGGAUCCGCUUACACCAUGCUAUUGAGAAUCGGUCCGGCACGGGUGUACAAGUGCGACUGCAUGAAGCGAAGGCUACUACGUGAUGUUGUUCAUGGGGUGUUAGGUGUUAAGGAUAAUGAAUUAUUUAGUAUAAUACCUUAAUGUCUAUAAGAUCAAUUACAUGAAUCUAACAACGUCUACCUACA